AAGUGGUAUGAGAGCAAAGAGGUAACGUCAGUUGGUGAAAAGAAUUUUCAGAUUUGGCGACAUGGCGAUCGAACGCCCGCAAAAACUUUCAAGUCUGAUCCUUAUCAAGAGGAUGCUUGGCCACUUGGCUGGGGACAGCUGACUCCAAUAGGCAUGGAGCAAAUGAUGGAGCUUGGUGACCUUCUAUACAAAGAGUACGUCGUGAAGAAUAAAUUUCUGAACACAUCGUAUAAAUUCAAUGAGAUGUACGUCCGAACAACAGACGUGAAUCGAACCUAUAUCAGCGCAUAUUCGAACUUAAUCGGCAUGUACUACAAUCGCACACAGUCUAUUCCCAAUGUUAACUUCCCAAGCAAUCCCAGAUGGCCCGGUUUAUUUGUACCUUUUCCGGUACAUGCAACUGUUGAUUAUGCUCACGAUUAUGUUGGCAAUCCGAGAGCUUACUGUCCCCGCCGUGAAUGGCUAUGGAGCAAAACAAAAGAGACUCCUGAAUUCAGAAAGCUGGAGAAAGAAAAUGAUCGAUUCAUGAAAGAACUUACCACUGUCACAGGUGACAAUAUAACACUGGAUAGGUUUUGGUAUCUUCGUGACACGCUUUAUAUUGAGAGAUUGUACAAUAAAACACAGCGAAUAAUUGAUGAAACGGCAUAUCAACGAAUUGAUGAAAUCAUGGAUCUAUUGGUAGACUAUGGAAAUGGUCUUGAUCUAACACCAGUGGACAAUAUCAAUUUUCGAGUGGAAGUUGCAAAGGUUCGAGGUGGAAGCAUUCUGUGGGCAAUCAUCGAUAACUUCGAUUUGAAGGUCUUAAAUCGUAAUUUUGAUACUCAAUUGGUUCUCAUAAAUCUGUUUAUCGUUGACUUCGGUCGAAAGCUGUUCUGCUACGAGCAAGCCAAUCAAGACAAACCGCAAUGCAACUGGAUGAAGCAUCUGCGAUACUACGCAUAUUCCGCGCAUGACACUACACUGUUGGCGCUGAUGUCAACGCUUGGUGUAAAACAUACACUGCUGCAACAUGGUCAUCCUGACUAUUCGGCAUGUCUGUCAUUUGAGCUAUGGCAAACCGACAAUGGUCCAGUGUUACGACAAUAUGCAGGCGGCUCUGGCUAUCAGUAUCCAUUGAAUCCAGCGAUUCGGAUUACAUACAGCACCGUUAAAGAAUAA